AUGGUGCAAGUGACUGUUGAUAAUAUGGCCCUGAAGGCUGUGUUCCUGUUGCACAUGGGCACUGGCCUCCUGGCAAACACUUAUUUACUCUUCAUGCAUAGCUUCCUCCUUCUCCCGGGGCACAGGCCGAAGCCCGCAGACAUCAUUCUCUCCAACUUGGCUAUGGCCAAUUCCUUCAUUCUUCUUUCCAAGGGGGCACAGCAAGUGAUGGAAGACUUGGGGCUGGUGCAUGCCCUGGAAGGCUCUGGGUGCCAAAUCUUCUUUUAUUUCCAUAGUGUGUCUCGAGAACUUUCCCUCUGCACCACCAGCUUGCUGAGCUUUUUUCAGGCAGUCACAGUGAGCCCCAAGCAUGGGGUGUGGACAGGGCUCAGACGCUGGGUCUCUAGGCAUGUUGGCUGCUCCUGCUUCCUCUGCUGGGCUCUCAAUCUGGCCAUCAGUACGAUCUCUCCCAUGGAGAUAAAAGUCUUCUGGGAUAACAGCAGUGAUUCCUCAGUGGGGAAUGGCAUUGCUUGCCAGUAUGUGGUCGCUGUGUCUGGAUGGUGUGCAAUCCCGUUAUCCGUUCUGGGUGCCCUGCUGAUGGCCCUCAUGGUUGUAGCCAGCAUGCACAUGGUAUGUCUCCUACACAGACACCACCAGAUGAUCCAACAUGUUCGAAGUUACAGCCUCAGCCUCACCCACAGGACCUCCCCUGAGAUACGGGCCACCCACAGCAUCCUGCUCUUGGUGGCAGGAUUCAUCCCCUUUUACUUUCUCAAUUCAAUCUAUAUAUUUUACAGCCCCAAAUCAUUUAGCUCCUACUUGUGGCUGCAGUACUACCUCAAGUUUUUGGCCAUGUGUUUUCCCUCCCUGAGUCCCUUGGUGCUGAUUUUUCAGAACCCCAGAACUUUGAGCUCCUGCUUUUAG